ACAUGUCCCUUCCCGGGUGGCGCAGGCCAGUCCCGCUCCCUCCACAGCAACAUGGACCAAAGGCAGAUUCUGCAGCAAAACCUGGAAAGGAUCCGAGGCAAGAAGCUGAACCGAGCCCAGUUUGUAGAGGAGUUUUUGAAGCUGAAAAGGCAGUCAACAAAGUACAGAUCGGAUAAAACCUACCCUACAGAAGCAUCUGAGCAACCAGAGAACAUCAAGAAGAACAGAUACAAGGACAUCUUACCCUUUGACCACAGCAGAGUGGAGUUGUCCCUGAUCACAUCAGAUGAAGAUUCUCAUUACAUCAAUGCCAACUUCAUCAAGGGCGUCUAUGGGCCAAGAGCGUACAUUGCAACCCAAGGUCCUCUCCCCACUACUGUCAUUGACUUCUGGAGGAUGAUUUGGGAGUAUAAAGUCCUGAUUGUGGUCAUGGCUUGUAUGGAGUUUGAAAUGGGAAAGAAGAAAUGCGAGCGGUACUGGGCCGAGGAGGGCUCUCCCCAGCAGUGCGGUCCCUUCACCGUCACCUGCGAAGCCGAAGAGAAGAAAAAUGAGUAUGUGAUUAGGACCUUAAAGGUGACCCUGAAUGAGGAAAUCCGCACCAUCCGCCAGUUCCACUAUAAAAACUGGCCGGACCAUGAUGUCCCCUCAUCCAUUGACCCCAUCCUGGAGCUCAUCAGCGAGAUUCGCUGCUACCAGCCGGACGACAGUGUCCCCAUCUGUGUCCACUGCAGUGCUGGCUGUGGGAGGACAGGAGUCAUCUGUGCCAUUGACUACACCCAGAAGCUGCUGAGGGACGGGAUUGUUCCAGUGAACUUCAGUAUUUUUAGUCUGAUCCAGGAAAUGCGCACGCAAAGGCCUUCCAUAGUGCAGACCAAGGAGCAGUAUGAGCUGGUUUAUGAUGUGGUGAUCGAGCUCUUCGAAAGGCAGAUUAAAGCACUUGAUGCCCAGGAAGAUUCUGCUGCUUCACAGGUACAAACAAGGCAUCCUGUGGCCAAGCCUCUUCUGACUCCAGUGGAAGAUAUCUAUUCCCUGAGUUUACUAACCUGCUCGGAGCAAGAGCAACAGGAUGUGCAUCGAGGUCUUCCUCCGGCGGUACAAAGCAAAGCCCCCCCGACAUCGUGGUCUGCCACGGGAGGACAGGACAGCCCCGGACAUGGAGCCCAGCCCAUCAGACAGGCCAUCUCCUUCAGCACCUUGAACUUCAUCAACUGCAGGAAGGUGGCUGUCGCCCCGAUGUGGGGCACUGGGGACACUCUUCAGAAGCACCGCAGUUUGGAGCUCAACAGCAUCUCCCCGGAGCAGCUGCUUCUCCCCCUGGAGCCGCCGGGAGCCGGCAGGGGAGGGCCCCGUGGCAGACCCCCUCUGACACGGACUACAUCAUCCCCCUUCGUGCUGCCGCAGCAGGGAGAGGGCUGGAAACAGGGUGGAGAGGAUGCAAAGCCCAUUUUGAAUUCACAGUUGCCAAACGCCGGCUACUCGAGCUCUCGGGUGAAGACGCAGGACAGAUUUUCCCCUGUGGAGCCAAUCCACUUGAGCCGAGACGUGGAUGGCCCCCCAAGCCGCAGGAAACAUGGACAAUGUCCUUACCCUUACUGCUGCUCAGCAGAAGACCCCUACUUCUCUUCCCUCUCUCCAGACGACCCCGCGUCCCCCGUGUUUGCCAAGAGCUUUGCGGAGGGGCAGGAUGCACCUCUCCCUCCUGGAGCUGCGAGGGCCCCGCUGCAGCCCGCCAUGGCCAGCCCCCCGCCGCCCGGGGCCGUGUCCCACCGUGCUCCACGGCUGCGUGACGAGAGGGUGUCCUCCCCGAGCAGGAUGUCCUGCCCGACCAUCCUGCCACAGCCAGAAGAUGAUGAUCCUCCGCCCCUGCCCGAGCGAACCCCCGAGUCCUUUAUCGUGGCUGGAGAAUCUGGACAAUUUCCUCUGGCCACUUCUGAUUUUCAGCUUCCAGCCAGAAACACAAAUAUCGGAACCUCUCUGGAGUGGAGUGGUGAGUCUCACUCAGAGAAGUUUAACAACUCGGUGAGACUCAGACCGUGUAAGAGUGUGAAGCUUCGGAGCCCACAAACAGAGACAACCCGGGAUCGCUCUAACUCUCCUCCUCCACUUCCUGAAAGAACCCCAGAGUCAUUUGUUCUUGCUGAGGCAGCAAGUCUGCAGCCUGCUGCUAGAAAUUCUAUGUCAAGUCCUCUGGGCUCGGAGAAGAGCACUUCUGAAACGUGGCCAGAGCCUACGAAAUGCUUCAGGAGAAGCAAGAGCUUGAAAAUAUUGAAAAACGUGAAAAAGAGCAUCUGCAGCCCAUCUUCACAGACAAAACCAUCAGAAUCGGCCCCAUCAAACCAUUCCAGGUCUUUCCUUAACUUUGGCUUUGCAAAUCGAUUUUCAAAACCUAAAGGACCAAGAAACCCACCCCCAGCAUGGAACAUUUAGAUAUUAUUUACAGGAAUUUGUGAUUCGUGAAGUGCUGCUGAUCCGCCUGGAGUGCUCAUCCCAGUGAGGUUUCCAUCACAGUAAAUACCCCAAAAGCUGUUGCGUGGUACUUGCAGCUCAGGCACUACUUGAACGUUCCUCAUCAGCUAAAGUUUCAAAGCAGAGGAGCUCACAGAGUAACCAGCAGCCCAGCACUUUCAGCUAAUUUACGACAGGAUGGAAACUAGAAGUGGGAAUAGGUAUUUUAUCCUAAGGAAGGACACAUUUCUGUUGUGUUUUGGAAUGUAUUCACUUCGAAAGGAUGGCUUUGAACUCUCUGAGACAGAGCAGUGUGCACUGGUGAGGGGAUCCAGCCGGGAUGCUGAGGGAUGCAGAAGGACCAUGGCAGGACCGAAGCAGGAUCAGGCUCUGGAGGCUGUGAAGGCAGCACGGAUGGAACUUCACCCCCGGGAUUACAGACCCCAGCUUCUGAAGUGUUUACAUUUCUUGGAGUAAAACAGAAUUAGCAUCUCAGGUUUUAGAAAUUAUUUUCCCUUUAGGUUUCUUUUUUUUCCAUCUGAGUGAAUCAGAUGAUUUGUCUCGAUUGUCGCUCAGUAAGACUAAGAUGCUGACUGACCACAGAGGGACUGGACCAGCGCUAUCGGGUGGCAGAGCGUGCUGACCUGGCUGCCCGUGCCACCCAAAAAACCAAACCCCAGUGAGCAGAGACCACUGGCAGCGCGUGUCACCACGUCCCACAGCAACCCCAGGGCAACACCUCCAAUGCACGUCUGGGGAGAUGACAUUUCUAGACAGAUUCCUCUGCUAUUUAUAUCCUCAGCGGGAAGGGAUAAAGAUGUUGAAAACGGC